CACAUUUAUGCUCCUAUUUUGUAACGCGAGGGGCGUGUUUAACUUCUGAGGCUCCGGAUCCAAAGAGAUGCCGGACUGGAUCGGUUGAACCCGGUUUACAUCUCGGUCGAAGCCUUUGAGUCCGGCUCCGGAGCUCAACAUGUCCCGGGUUCUGAUAGUCGGAGCGGGCCUGACAGGCAGCUUGUGCGCAUGUCUGCUGAGGAGAGCGCUGCAGAAUAAAGUUCAGAUAGUGGUGUGGGACAAAGCGAGGGGCGCAGGCGGCAGGAUGACCACGAGUCGUCCUCCCGACUCGUCCUGUAGCUCCGCUGAUCUCGGUGCUCAGUACGUCACCGCCACAGCGGCCUACUCUCAGUCCCAUCACAGUUUCUACUCGGAGCUGCUGUCUUCUGGCGUCCUGCAGCCGGUCGACUCUCUGAUUGAAGGACUGAAACAGAAGGAUGGAAACAAGGACUACAUGACGCCACUGGGCAUGUGCAGUUUGGUCAAACACUUCCUGUCUGAGUCAGGAGCUGAUUUGUUCUUCGAGCGCCAUGUCACCGGCCUGUUCCGCCGCGGUGCAUCAUGGGAGGUCCAGAGGAAGGCGGGUGACAGCGAGACGUUUGACGCUGUCGUCCUGACGAUGCCCGUCCAUCAGAUUCUGCAGCUGCAGGGAGACGUGGGAAACAUGCUGUCCGCCCCGCAGAGGCAGCAGUUAGACGAGGUCAUGUACUCGUCUCGCUUUGCGGUCGCCCUCUUCUUCCCCCCGGGCGUCGUCUUCAGUUUCCCCUGGGCGGCCCGAUACGUCACCGGCAACCCGUGCAUCUGCUACAUCGCUGCAGACUCACGCAAACGCAACGCAGAUGUUCCCGAUCGCGGCCUGUCCCUCGUCGUCCACACCAGCGUCCCUUUCGGCCUGGAGCACCUGGAGAAAGACAAGGAGGACGUCCAGCCGAUCAUCUUACAGGAACUCCAGAAGCUGCUUCCUGAUCUUCCCGAGCCGACCAGCGUCAAGUGUCAGAAGUGGAGGUACUCGCAGGUGCUGACCUCGGUGCCGGACUGUCCGGGUCAGAUGACGGUCAACGAGCGCCCGCUGCUCGUCUGCGGCGGCGACGCCUUCAGCCACUCCAACUUCGACGGCUGCGUGGAGUCCGCACUGAGCAUGCUCAGUGUGCUGAAGGCCUCGCUGUGACGCCCGUCCAGAACGACAGGAAGUGGACUCUAACGACCGUGUGGACUGAGAAUCAAUCGUUAAAUGGAUUAAUUUAACCCGUUAACAGCUGAUGAAGUGAUUAAUUACUGAUUUAUGUUUUACUGUGUUUGUCUUUAAUAAAGUUUUGAAUCGA